UAACUUAAUUAACUUUCUCAAGACUCUCAUUUUCCACUUACUUCUACUAUUCUUCAUUUUUCUCUCCAAUUUUAAUCAUCAUCUUUAAUUAUUGAAAUUCUCCAACAAAUUAGGGUUUUUGAUUCCUUUGAUUUCUUCUUCUGUUAGGAGAGAGAAAAAUCAAAGUAACAACAAAUUAGGAUCAAUUAAUGGAGGAUUACAAUGGAUUUAAGCUCAAGAGGAAGGAUUUGGAGGAAGUUAAUGAUGAUUUCUCCGAUUUUUCUCUCUCUUCUCCUGCUCGGAAAAUCCGUCGUUUGGAUGCUGAUUUGCCGCCAAUUAUUGAAGAUGAGGAACUAGAUUUUCAGCCGGUUUAUGGGCAAUCGGUGCCUCAGAACAACAUUUCCAGUGGUUUGGGAGAUCAAGUGAAUCCACUGGACAUUGAGGAGCUUCCAUCUAUUCCUGAGAAUGAAGAGAAAGCCAUUGUUCUAUUCAAACCUAUGAAGGAUCAUAGUGUUUUCUCUCAAGGGAGUUUUUCCGUUGAUCCGAAUUUGGUGUCUUUUUUUAAAAAUCAAACUUUUUGGAACAGCCUAAAGUCUGGUGGAAUCAACGAUGAGGAUGAAGCCAAUGAAAAUGACCUUGAGGAGAAUGGAUGCAGGGCGGUCAUCCCUUGGGUGCCAUCUCAGACUGUCAACCCAGUAUCACAAACUCUUGCUUCUCAAACAGAUGUGUCAGAAUCAAUGGAUGCUGAAGAGAUGGAAACAGCAAUGAUGGAAGUUGAAGAUCAGGAUGCUGCAAAUGUUGGAAUAGCAAGUGAGUACAGUAACCUUCCUAAUUAUAACGAAGGCUUGCAACAUCAAUGGCUUCAACAGCAACAUUGCAUGGUUCCUCAACCUCCUCAGAAUACCUCAACUCCAAUUGUGUGGUACAGGUGAAUAAGUGACAGAUACCGCCAAUUAUCAAUGUACGUAGUAGGUCGAAAAUUUAGGUUGAAUUUUGAGGUUGAAGAAGAUUUGACAAUUUGACCUGAGCAGUUAUGGUCAUGAACUGAAGGGAAGUUUCACUGCUACAAGUGUUCCCUAGUGAUGGGAACUGUUUUUGAUGUAGAAGCAUAAUUUUUUAUGAUCUGUUGUUUCUAUCUAGUGGUGAGGAGAUCUUGGAGAGUAAGCGGGGUUGUUUAGGUUGCUAGAAAAGCAUGAUUUUAUAAAGCAGUUUGUAUGUUCAUGUCCUGAUCGAUUGUAAAUUUUAAAGGAUUUCUUCAGGAUUUACACGAAGUACCAGUAUAUGAUUUGGCUCAAACCCAGAAUAUUGUCGUAAUUGCUUGAUCUUUUA